GUUAGCCUUUCGGGUCGUCCAGCCGCUGCUCCAGACUACUGACGUUUCAUCCUUUCUGUGUCUUAACCAACAUUCACUUUCAUAAGCAAUCUGCCUGCAUUAUACAAAAAGGAGAACUGUCUUGCGUCCUGAUUUGUUUUUUACCUUCUUUCUUUCUUUCUCUUCUGACCCCUAUCCAUCUCUCAUUUGCAAUAGCCCGACGUGCGUCGCACGGCCGUCGCUACGAACUAUACAGCAUGGCGACCAAGGCAGCCUACAAACGGCUCACUCGCGAAUAUCAAAAUAUUCAGAAGAAUCCCCCGCCAUACAUCGUUGCCCACCCCUCAGAAACCAACAUCCUCGAGUGGCAUUACAUCCUCACCGGCCCUCCGGGUACGCCUUACGAAAAUGGUCAAUACUGGGGUACUCUGAUGUUCCCCCCUGAAUACCCAUUUGCGCCACCCGCCAUCCGCAUGCACACCCCGAGUGGUCGGUUCCAACCAUCCACUCGCCUUUGCCUCAGCAUCAGCGACUUCCAUCCAAAGUCAUUCAACCCGGCCUGGGAGGUGUCCACGAUUCUGAUUGGACUGCUCUCUUUCAUGACAAGCGAAGAGAUGACCACUGGGAGCGUGAGUGCUUCGGAGGCGGAACGGAGGGUGCUAGCUGCACGGUCAAGAUGGUGGAAUUCCACCGGUGGAGGCUCUCACAUCAGUGCUACACCUGGAGUCAUUCCUUCUGCCAAAGGAAUCAACAAUGUCAAGGCUGGAGAUGGUGGAUUGAAAUUCCGUACGGAAUGGCCAGAGCUCGACCACGAGAAUUGGAGAUGGAUGAAAGACAGCCGCAUCGACACGAACACAGGCCAGCUUCUACCGGACCCCAAUACUGCCACCAAAUGCUCCCCAGAAACCAGUGCUCUCCGCAGACGGCCCAACGGUAGUGCUCCAGGUUUGGGAGUUGUUGUGGAGGGUGGCCAUGUCGCGCGAGAAGCUGGCCAAAGCUGGGUUCGCCGCAAGAAGAUUUGGCUAGGCUUCGCCAUCGUCUUCGGGUAUGCGCUGCUUACAAGGCUGGUGAACGAUGUCCAGGGAUGAGCCGCUUAAAUACCUCUUUUCCAAUUCAAAGAAAUUUGGGCCGAUUCCGUGGCGUUCGAAGAAUGGCAAGGCGUCAUUUGAUCACAACUGGAAUAUUGUUCUAGAUCUUCAAGAGCUUUGCAUCACAAUUGCUACUCAAAGUUGCGAAACUGUACAUAUACAUUAUAGCGAGAGCAAGAAUGAUAGAUCUCGAGAUACCUGCAUUGCAUAUCGGUUACUAAUAAUUGGUCGCCAAACUACAGACAUCAC